UUUCCAAGCGCCGGAAACGUGCUUUCGAGCGCUGAUGUGUUAUUUUCCCCAAUAGAUGUUUGGUUUUGAAGAUCUUUCUGUAAAAAAAUAAUCAGAUCCGUUAGGUUUUUAGAUGCCUAAAAUCGUUAUUAGGUGAAAUAUUCGCAGGAGACGGAGAACUCAGGGAAGAUGGCGCCGAAAGGAAAAGUUGGAACCAAAGGCAAAAAACAAAUUCAUGAGGAAAACCAGGAUACUCUGAAGUUCUAUUGCAGAAUCAUCCUGGGAGCAAACGCUAUUUAUGCAGCAGUCGAUCUUUUGCUCUUUUACAACUCAUCUUCAUUUUGGACAUGGUUCUUUCUACUGUUCGCAGUGGCGGUCUACAUAGGCAGCUACAGAUCUAUGUCAGCAAUGGCCAAACCUGCAUUUGCUGAAGAUGGUAGCUUGCUGGAUGGAGGGAUCGACCUUAAUAUGGAACAGGGCAUGGCAGAACACCUGAAGGAUGUGAUUCUUCUUACCGCUAUUGUUCAGGUCCUCAGCACUCUGUCAUCCUACUUCUGGUAUUUCUGGCUCUUGGCACCUGCAAGGGCUUUGCAUCUAUUGUGGGUGAACUUCCUGGGCCCCUGGUUUUCUGCUGAAUCACAGGCAGCCCCUGAAGAUAACGAGAAGAAUGACAAAAAACAGAGGCGACAGGAAAGACGACAGAUGAAGAAAUUCUAGACUUAAUUUUUUUUACACGCAUUGUACAAUUACAAAGAACAUGCAAUCUAAAUUAUUCUGAGAUGUUUGAUAUGACAGGUUAGUCCAGACAAUAGAUGGGCAUUGUAAAGUGUCUUUGACUUUCUCUCACUUGUCAUCAGCUGCUCCGUCCUUUUCAGUCCUUUGGUUCUUUUCUCUCACUUUAUGUCCGUCUUAAAAUCUCUAGCUCAGGUGUGCCUCUGAGUGGGGCUCCACACUUUUUUUUAAUCAUAAAGUGAGUUAAACUCACACAAAAUGCCUUUGCUUACUAUAGUGAGCUUUCGUAUCAUUAGUUUCAGUUGCUAAUGAGUACUGCUCAACAGAUGCAGCUGCAAUGCCCUCAGAAAUUAAGACCUGAGGCUGUAUGAGCUUCACCAACCACAUGACAUUUCUCAGCACUUUGGCACCCUCUUUGGCCUGUCAGAAAAUAUUGUUUUGAUUGUUCAGUAUGUGCUGAUUCUGUAUCAAAAGUAUUACUCUUUGAUAUAUGGUUUUCUGGUGAAGCUACAUUUUCAGCCUGGUGCUGCCUUGAGGGAACGCAAAGUAGAUAGAUAGAAGAUAAAAAUAAUCGACCUUGUGUGGCAAUAAAGGACUGUCUGGUUUCAUAUUUUAACUGUUCAAAUGAAUGUUUAUGAAAAGUUGGAUGGGUAUCAAGAAUAACUUUUAAUAAACAUGACUUCACAGUAUUCACUGGCCCAACAUCAAUUUAACAUUUCAGUGGACUAAAGAAGAUAGAAACUGCGUCUUGACAACCUGGUUAAAAUAAGUUGCUUCGGCUGAAUUUUAUGGAGACCCACUGAUUAAAAAAUAAACUGUUAUAAAAUGA